AUGGAACAGGCAGCAACAGCUAUUGGAACGGGCGGCGCGCAUGCAACAGGCCGUGUCUCAUACCAGCCGCACGAUCCUAAAGUCGUUCUUGUGGAUGAUAUUCACCCGAACUGGGAGGAAAAACUCAACAAAGCGCUCGAGACAGCUGCGCGCCAGGCGAAUCGCCGUGUUAUUAUGCGGCAAGAAGGGGACAAUCUUGUGCCUAUUGGUGUCUCGUCUUCUCGCACGGGCGAUGCACUCUCAUCGUUUAUUUCGCAACAUACGAGCGUGGGACGACAUGGCCCUGGUGGAAGCAUCAUUUUGCAUGGAAACUCGCUUCGUAAUAUAAUGUUGGACUAUUUUCCUUCUCACAUUCUACGUAAUCUGCGAGAUCGUGAUCCACAUCGUCCACAAAUUGGCGACCAGUUUGCCCGUACUCUUGCUACACUACCGCCUGAACAGCUAGAGCACAUCAUGCUCCAGGAAACAAUGCGCAUCAGUCGCUUGGAGCAUGAACAGUCGCAGCGCCGCGCAAGUCUUGACUCUCGCUCCAGUGACCGGCGGCGAAUGAGGCAGGAAUAUGAUCGGUCCAGCACCGAGCCCAAGUCGCGUCGCUUAUCUCUUUUACCCCGGCGUCUCAUGGAGGGAGCUCCGUUCUUCCGGUUCGGUUCUAAUUCUCGUCCUUCCACGCCGACGCAGCCUAGCCGCGCAUCUAUUGACGUGGGAUCGAUCCCAUCGUCUACGUGUCAUGAAUUCAGCUCAUCAUCGUCGGCGGAUCGUCCAAAUGGGAGAGGCACUCGCUAUCGUGCAUCUUUGGAUGUCGAUAGUUUCAGCCACUUAUCGCGAGAUCGAGAGCUUCAGCACCCAUUUGUACCGCAGCAGACUAAUGCAAUGCCAACAUCAGGACGAGAUCCCUCGACUGCGUCCUCUGUUGAUGAGACCAGAUAUCAACCAGCAUCUUCAUCAGCAGGUGACUCUGCUGUUUCUUCCACAAGCAUGUCAUCUCCGGCAUCUCCAGCUCUGUCUAUGGCUGCAUCAACUGUGAAAUCCGUGGCUCCGGCACACACAUCGUCAGAUCUAAAUGCAGAAUGCACUCAAACACCGACGCAUCCCCAUCUUUCACAUCCCAUGUCUUCUCCAUUAUUGACACGAACGCCGCUAUCUGGCAAUAGCAUGACUACUUCCACACCUGGGCGUGCUUUACUAGAUACCCCACGCCCAUCUCCCUGGGCUGAGCGAGCACUUCAGCAAGGGUUUUCGCGCCCCACUUCAAGAACCGCAACACCUACGCGUACGUCGACGCACUUGUCCCCAGCACUGCGGGAUCUCGACGGCCUAGUGUUGGGGAAUUCAGAACUACAAAGAACGCAGAAGGCAUCUUCAGGUACGCCAGUAACAACAAACCCUUUCCGCACAAACACCGCGCUAUCGGGUGUGGCAACCGCCUCGCCAAACAGAGGCCGUGGACGUGGCGAAACAGCAUCGCCACUACGACUGUAA